AUGUCUCGAAAGAAGGAAGCAGCUGCCGCUCCGAUGAGCGCAGUGGCAGCUCGCCAAGCUCGCCAGCAACAGGCUCAGGCAGAAGCGAGCGGCUCGGGGAAGGCUUCUGCUUCGCGCUCGUCUAGGAGGACCUCCUCUUCUCGACGUGGGCCAGACAGCGAAGCCGAAGACGAUGUUGGUAUCGACGAUGACGAUGAUAAAUCGACGGGUGUCCGGGUAGACAUCCCGCUACUAUCCGCAGCUCAGACCAGCGAGCGUUCCGCCGAGCGUUCCGCCGAGCCUUCCUCUUCGAAGACCCAACCUCGUUAUACUUCGAAGCGACGACGACGCUCGUCUAUUGCUCAACUUGACGACUCAAUUGCAGCAUCAAGGCCACGGAGGAGCUCUGUCUCUGCAUAUGCGAAGCCUGACGUCGCCGAGGCUCAGUCGACACCCAGGGUAACCAAAGCCUCUGCUAGCACACCAUCCCGCAGCGGUGGGAAGAAAGCUUUAGCCUCGACUGCAACGCCCGUCUCUAGCCAGAAGAAGCGCAAGUCGCUAAGCGCUGCGGAACUGGUCGAAUCGGGCGACGAAUCGGGUCCAUCGAUUGAUGAUAUCCUCGAGGAGUUCAACCUCGGAUCAGCCGACGAGGCAUCGCAGCCGCCACGGAAGAAGUCAAAAGCCCGCACUCCAGUCAAAUCCCGCAGGAGCAUCGCGGAAGAAGCCGAGUCGUCGGCUGAGCCGGAGCGCAAGGCAGCCAAACAGUCGCCAUUGAAGACGCCUCUCAAGAAGAAGACAGCCAAGACAUCUCCCGCCAAAGAAGCAGCAUCGGAAAAGCCGACAAAGGAAAAAGGGAAAGGCAAGGCCACAGGCUUAGCCAAGCAGAAGUCCUUAUUCGCUACUCCCGAUGCAGAGAGACUGAAGGUGGCUAAGCGAUACUUUGCGGGUCCUGCUGGCAAACACGCCAAGGCGAGCAUCGGCACUUCUGCAAUGCCCGUCGAGAACGAGGUGACGGGCUUCCUGGCCUUCGGUGAGAGUGACGACCAAGACGAAGAGGUAGCAUCCGCACCUGGACAUGACCUCGUGGAAGGAGACGCAGCGGAGGGCGUUGACUCUGACAACUCCUCGGAGGAUGACGAGAAGGAGACUGACGAAGCAGCGGUUAAGACCAGUCCGCAACGUCACACAUCCACCCGCAUCACGGCUGCCAAACAGCAAUCAGAUCGCAAGGGAAAGGGUUGCGCCGAGCCAAUCGUCCCCAACAGCGACAGUGAAGAGGAGGACGGAGAAGAAGAUGAUACUGCGAACAAGCUGACUCGGGAAGCACUCCUGGACGCAAUCCCGUACUCCAACUUCACACCGAUCCUGCAGGGAGACUCGCAGAACGUACACGUCAUCGAAAACAAGCGCAAGCGUGCAAGAGAAGAGCUGUACUUUGGCAUGCGACAUGGAGAAACCCUUGUUUUCGUGGGCAUCGGCCACAUCGAGGUACUUUGGGGCUGCGUCCAGAUCGGCGGUGCUAUCAUUUCUUCGUCGGACCAGGGCUUCCGCACCACCAACAUCUUUGCUCCCGUCAGCAACCCACUCCCAGUCCUCAAGUCGAUUCCUGGAUCGGUGUUGAACGUGCACGACUCACAACAGAAUGGCUCCAAGUCAGGAGAAGACCUCAAUGCGGAUCGCGUCGUCAGCAACAUAUUGCGCAGCGGCUUCGACACAGUCGUCAAACUUACGCCACUCUCGUCCCCCAUCACAGCCAUCGGCCAGGUCUGUCCCAUCGGCGGCCUCGCAACCCCAUUCUCGAUGCCGCCCAAUCUCGAACUCGGCAGUCUUUACCAGCUCUCCACUAUCAAGAUUCUGAUCGCUCCUGACGUUGAGAAGAUUGCUCGGAAGCCCAGAAAUAUCGCAGCUCACGGUAUGUUUGCUACUGCUGGCCUUAGCGCCACCUAUAUGCCUCACACCUGGCAGAACGCCCUCCGAACCCUUACAGCAUCCGCCUUAUCGGCAGCGCAACACCCACAGGAAGAGUCCGUCGUCGCUCUAGUUCGCGGCAACAAGAAGGUCGGCAAGAGUACACUCAGUCGCAUGGCUCUUGAACAAUUGCUAUCGUUGGGUGACAUGAUCGGAGGCAAGGCCGCCUACCUUGAGCUCGAUCUAGGUCAGAGCGACUUUGGUCCGCCAGGCAUGGUGGCUUUACACGUCUUUGACAUCGCUGACGAGGUGCAGAAGCGACAACGACCCGAACAGAAUGAGGAGCACGAAGGAGCUGAGCAGCGCGAGAGUGAAAUGCAGAACGGCCACACUGCAGCACAAGCAGGAUCCUCCAACCCCGAAGGCAUCGAAGGUCCCGCUCGAGGCUGCAUCACCCUCGGUCCAGGCUGGUGCCAACCUCGCGUCCCCGUUCGUGCACACUUCACCGGCGAUGUCUCGCCCCGAGACGAUCCCGAGAGCUACGUCGCUGCUAUUCACGAUCUCAUCGAAUACUUCCGCACAGAUAUCCAGCCCGGCCAACCUGACGCUUCAAGCAAACAGCAGCGAGUCCCACUCAUCAUCAACACGCAAGGCUGGAUCAAAGGUCUUGGUGCCGAUCUCGCCUCUCGACUCGAACCUGUGCUCCGACCCACACACAUCCUUGACGUUAUUCCACGGGGAUCGCCUGAUCCCGUACCUCCUCCCACCCGUGGCCCUGUCUGGCUGGACGCUCAUGGAGCGAUCGCUGGCUCUGGGCCUGAGAUCAUCACUCUCGAGAGUGUCUCGCAAUUGGAGUUCGUGCAGGGUACAUUCGGACAGCAGGGCAAUAACGGCAAUGGCAACUAUCAGAAUGGUGUUGAGGAGAAGAACGGCAGAGGAUCGAGUAGGGAAGAUGCUAAGACAGGAAAGGGCGGUGACGGAGGCUCAACUCCUCCGCGCUACGUCACUGAGAUGGGCUCGAAACUCGCACCUGCCGAAAGCCGACUCUUGAACGUCAUGAGCUACCUCUACGCGCAGAAGCUCGCCACAGCUGGAAACUCCAACGCAUUCAAGACUCAAGGCACAUGGGACUUCUCCGAGCCGCUCGCGUACCGCCGUCCACUCUUCAUCGACGUUGCUUCUGGUCUGCAGGCUGGUAUCCGCGUCCUUGCUCUUGGAUCAUCCGUACCUGACAGCCUUAAGCUCCUUGCAUUGAACUCCUCCAUCGUCGGCAUUGUUGUCUCUGACCAAGUCGACGAGGAAGAUCCCGCAGCAGAGGAGGAAGGCAACCCAGCAAGCACCUGGAAACAAGCCUUCGACCGAGCAGCCCACCUCGCUCACUCCGCUCCUGGUCUCUCCACUCGCUGCCUUGGCCUCGGCAUCGUCCGUUCCAUCGAUCCUGCCUCAGGCCAGAUCCACCUUCUCACACCUCUCGACACCACUUUCCUACAAGAAAUUCAGCAAAACAGCUGCCGCAUCGGUCUGGUCAAAGGCGCUCUUGAACUUCCCGUGUGGGCUUCACUCGACUUCGAGGCGAUCAAAGAAGCUAGGGAGAGCAAACUUGAUGUUUCCCCCGCUACUUUCUAUUCGCAGGAUGAAGCUGGUUCCUCGAAGGGCGGUCAGGCGGAGGUGCCGUUGCUGGCUGGAAUGCCACGUAACCAAGUGCCGUAUCUCGAAUGGCCUCAUGCUGCCACCAGCGGACCGAAUCGUCAGAAGAAGGGAAAGCAAACCGCAGUCAAUGGAGCAGAGGGUCCGAUUCAGUUGGGUUCGGAGAAGCGUCGUGUUCGACGCAAUCUUAUGCGUAAGAGUCAGUUUGCCUAG